GCUCAAAGUUGUCGGCAGCUUUCUGUAGUCAUCAAUCCAUAUCGCGUUCAGCUUCAGUUUCACAAUCUUCUGGACGUUCAGUUAAACUUCAGUCUCAGUUACUGCUUGCUGAAAUUGUCUGCACUCCGUGUCAAAUUGUGGAAAGUUUCACUCUUAACAGUACUUUUCAACAAGAGAUCGUCGCUUCAUGGAUGGACUUUAUGAAGUAACAUCAGCGGCUUGCCUGUUUAAAGGGCUGACCCAUGUGAGGAGAGUGGAGUUCGCACACACAUACAUACAGUAUGCACACACAAAUACACACACACACACACACACACAUAGACAGCAUGGCAUCUUUCUCCAGCACCUGUGGCUCCAAGGUGGACCGGGCGUCCCAUCGUAGGGGAGAAGACAGGCAGGGGACGCCCAGUGACAGCGACUGCAGUGCUGUGCUUGAGAAGACCAGGGAGUUCUUCCAGAUUUGUGACAUCGAGGGCAAAGGCUUCAUUACACGACGGGACAUGCAGAGAUUAAAUGGAGAGCUUCCGCUGAGUGCUGAGGAACUUGAGAACGUCUUUGCAACUCUGGACGCAGAUGGCAAUGGAUAUCUGACCCUUGAGGAGUUCUCCUCCGGCUUUAGUGAAUUUAUGUUUGGUCCAGGUGUGGUGUCAGUAGAUCCACAUGCAGGCGAGGAGCCAGUCUCAGCAAAGACUCAAGAAGUGCUCUACGAGAGCCAGUGGGAGGAGAGACACAGCAGGGGAGACGAUGACGAGGAGCAACACUUCUGCAUGCUAAUGGAGAACCUGGGGGCAAGCAACAUCUUUGAAGAGCCAGGAGAGGUGCGGAGUCUUUGGGUGCAGCUCAGAAAAGACGAACCUCACCUUCUGUCCAAUUUUGAGGAGUUCCUUGCCAGGGUCACUUAUCAGAUCAAAGAGACCAACCAGGAGAAGAAAGAGAUGGAGACGGCCCUUAAAAGGAAAGCAGCGACACAUGAUGAUGAAAUCCAGAGGCUAUAUGAAGAAAUGGAGCAACAGAUCAAGAAUGAAAAGGACAGGAUACUCUUAGAGGAUUCUGAGCGGUUCUUGUCUCGCAGUCAGGACAUGGAGCACCAGCUUUCCGCUAAAGAGAAAGAGCUGGAAAUCCUUUCUAACAAACAGAAACGGCUGGAGCGUCAGUGUCGAGAGCUGUACAGCGAGCAGCGGGAGACAGCCGUGGAGAACGUCAAACUGAAGCAGUGUAAUGAGGACUUGAGCAGUGAGCUGGACAACACCACCCAGGAGCUGAGUCUGGCCCAGGAGCAACUCAUGCUGCUGCAGGAACAGUCCUCAUGCCUGCACGAGGAAAGAGAGAUGGAGAUUUAUAGGGUUACAGAAAGCUUGCAAAGAGAGAGGGCAAGUCUUCUCAAGCAGCUUGAUUUGCUGAGGGAAAUGAACAAACACUUACGAGAUGAAAGAGACAUGUGCUAUCAAAAACCAAAUACUUCUGCUGCAAAACUCUCAUGGAAACAGAGGCCUGGGUCAAUUACUAUGAAGCAGUCUGAGCGGAAGAAUUCAUUUAAGAGUGAUGAGGAUGAAGAGGUUCUGCCACAAUCAAAGCGGAAGAACGUGAUUGGCGUAAAUGGGCACAGCAUGGACCUGGAGGACAUGGUAGAUGGACGACCUCCUUCAAAACACCAGCUCCAGAGAAUCAUCUCCAUCGAGGAGGACCAUCUUCCUCAGCUCCUUCAGCAGGGUUAUCAAGCCCAUCUCAGAGAUUGGAGUGAAGAUGAGGAGUUGGAGGAGGGCAUGGACCUCCAGAUGAGCAAUAUUUACCCCACAACCAGCACUCCGACCUCUGUUUCACCCCCUUCAGGAGUCGCACCCACACCCACCUCACCCAGAGGACAGCCUGUGGGCAAAGAGACAGUCCAGUCGGAGGAAGGGGCCAGUUCAGGUCCAGAUCGUCUCUUUAAGAUAGUUCUGGUGGGGAAUUCUAGUGUGGGAAAAACAUCUCUUCUACGUCGCUUCUGUGACAACUGUUUCCACUCUGGUACAUGUGCUACUGUAGGUAUUGACUACAGUGUGAAGACUCUUACAGUAGACAACAGCCAGGUAGCCUUGCAAAUGUGGGACACAGCAGGACAGGAGAGGUAUCGCAGCAUUACCAAGCAGUUUUUUCGCAAGGCCGAUGGCGUGGUAGUGGUGUAUGACGUCACUAAUGAGCAGACUUUCACAGCAGUGAGGCAUUGGCUGGCCAGCGUGCAGGAGGGAGCAGGUGAGGACAUUCCCAUCAUGCUCCUGGGGAACAAGACCGAUCUAGAUGGCCAGAGAGAGGUUCCACUGGGAGUGGCAGAGAAAUUAGCCAAGGACUUUCAGUUGAUUUUCUAUGAGUGCAGUGCUUUUUCAAGCCACAAUGUGACAGAGUCCAUGAUUCAUAUGGCAAGAGUUCUAAAAGACCAAGAGGACAGAGAAAAAGAGAAAACUGUGUCACUAGUAGACAGCCACGCUAAGAAGAAGUCCUGCUGCUAGCAGAAAGUCACCCAUAAACACUCACAGAAACCUGCAGAUCUUUCAAACCUUUUUUUUGCUUUGCAUUUUAAUACGGUUUGGUGUUAAUGCUGAUCUGUUAUUCUUCCUCUUAUGUUCCUGUUUUUUCUUUUUGAAUGACCACUGUGGAGUUAAAAAUAUUCGGUCUUUUUAUAUACCAGUACCUCUUUACAAUGUGAAACGGAUGAGUUUUAUGAUAAUAGUUAGAUGUAGGGCUUGAAAUAGAGCACUAUAGUUUUGUACAUUACACAGUUGUAAAGCGUGUCCCAUUAAGGUCAUUUAAA